AAUGAGAAGUGGCGUCCUCUCUUCAAAUUCAACCGGCACUUCCUUCAUCUCUUCUUCUUCUUCCCAAUCUUCGUCUCUUCGGAUAUACUUACACCUAUAUAUAUAUAUAUAUAUAUAUCUCCCUCAUACAUACCUGAUACCUACACAGCUAAAUCCAUAUCCAUAAAUCAUAAUCGAAUUAAGCGAUCAAAUUGGUUCUCUGUUUUUUUUUUGGGAAAUUUGUAAAUUGGUGAGAUCGGAAAUUGUGAUUGGAUGGUGAGAAAGGAAGAGGAGGAGAGGAAGAAGAAGGUGGAGGAGGCGAGGAAGGGAAUGCGUCUGGGGAAAUACGAGCUUGGGAGGACGCUCGGCGAGGGUAAUUUCGGUAAAGUUAAAUUCGCUAAGGAUACCGUCUCCGGUCAAUCGUUCGCCGUUAAGAUCAUCGACAAGUCUCGUAUCGCCGAUCUCAACUUCUCCUUGCAGAUAAAGAGAGAGAUCCGGACGCUGAAAAUGCUGAAACAUCCCAACAUUGUCAGAUUACACGAGGUCUUGGCUAGCAAAACGAAAAUUUUUAUGGUCAUGGAAUGUGUCACCGGAGGAGAAUUGUUCGACAGAAUUGUUUCCAAAGGAAAGCUUUCAGAAGCCGAGGGAAGAAAAAUGUUUCAGCAGCUGACCGAUGGAAUCAGCUACUGUCACAGCAAAGGUGUUUUCCACAGGGAUCUCAAGCUAGAGAAUGUUCUUCUUGAUGCAAAUGGACACAUUAAGAUCACUGAUUUUGGCCUCAGUGCUCUGCCUCAGCAUUUCAGGGAUGAUGGGUUGCUACAUACAACCUGUGGAAGUCCUAAUUACGUUGCACCUGAGGUUUUAGCAAACAGAGGCUACGAUGGUGCAGCAUCAGAUAUAUGGUCGUGUGGUGUAAUCUUGUAUGUGAUUCUUACUGGAUGUCUUCCUUUUGACGAUAGAAACCUUGCAGUUCUUUACCAGAAGAUAUGCAAAGGAGAUCCACCAAUACCAAGAUGGUUAUCACCAGGUGCAAGAACCAUUAUCAAGAGAAUGCUUGAUCCAAAUCCAGUCACGAGGAUCACAGUCGCAGGUAUUAAAGCCAGCGAAUGGUUCAAGCACGACUACACGCCGUCAAUUCCCGAUGAUGAUGACGAAGAAGAAGUUGACACAGACGAUGAUGCUUUCUCAAUCCAAGAACUCGGAUCUGAAGAAGGGAAGGGCAGUGAUUCACCGACCAUCAUCAAUGCGUUUCAGUUAAUCGGAAUGUCUUCCUUUCUUGACCUGUCCGGUUUCUUUGAACAAGAGGAUAUAUCAGAGAGGAGAAUAAGAUUUACUUCAAAUAGCUCUGCAAAAGAUUUAAUGGAGAAAAUCGAAACAGCAGUUACAGAAAUGGGAUUCAGUGUACAAAAGAAACAUGCGAAGUUAAAAGUAAAGCAAGAAGAAAAAAACCAGAAAGGUCAAGUUGGUUUAUCAGUAACAGCUGAGGUUUUCGAGAUAAAGCCGUCACUGAACGUGGUUGAGCUAAGAAAAUCUUAUGGAGAUUCAUGUUUGUAUAGACAGUUGUACGAAAGACUAUUAAAAGACGUGGGCACUUCCUCGCCGGAGCAAGGGAUAGUAUCAUAGGUGUUGGUGUUUUCGGCUAAUGCGAAAUUUAAAGAGCUUAGUUUACGAUAUGCUACACCAUCAAUGUUCAUAAUUUUUUAUUUAUAUAAAAUAUAAAGAGCUUAGUUUAUAUACUUUGUGAAAAUAUGUGCAUUAGUUAGAAAAAGGCGAAGAAAAAGAAAAUCACCUCACAAGAAUUGGAGCUUUAUUAGACGUGCCUAGUCGGCCGUGUAGCCAAAUCUCAAGAAAAUCUCUUCAUUUUUUAGUUUGUAAAAAUGAAAUAUAUGUAUAUAGUUUGUGUAUCUUAUAGAAUGAUUUGAGAAUACAUAUAAAAUCUGUAAAGUUAAACCUU